AUGUCCGUGUCGCACCAAACCCAAAAAUCACUUCAACCUGGUGCCACUGGUACCUCCUCACUGCCACCGCCCCCAAAAACCAAUACACAUCAUGGCUGCACGUAA